GGUCUGAGUUCCAAAAUGGGGUACUGGGAACUUCAGGAGGGGAAAGAUUGCGUCGAGAAGACAUGGAUUACCACCAAGGUGGCCACCGCUCUUGGACUGGUCGGCUCGGCCUACCACAUUGUUGCAUACCAGCCUGAGACUGCAGUCGAGGCUCUGCAGAGGGCAACAUCUGGCACAGUGACCAUGGCUGCGCUGGGGGCGAUUUUCGGUAUGGCCACGUGUCUCAGUGCUCAGGCGCGUGACGCACCUGACGAUCCCCUAAACUACUUCAUCGGCGGCUGCGCGUCGGGAGUCUUUCUGGGCGCACGAACUCACAGCGCCAUCACGGGCACCGCCAGCUGCCUUGGCCUGGGUACACUGGCCAUGCUCACUAAAGUGGGGAAAAUGGAAGGCUGGAGGAUCACUGGCCCCCCCAGACUCUAGCCCCCCCCCCCACCCGCUCUAUCUCUAAAUACAGUGUUGUGUUUAUGUUGU